AUGUAUGCACAGGCUCAACUGAAAGAAGCAUUUGAUAAAGAUGAAUAUCAGAAAUUUAACGAAGCAUUGGAAUUGGGAGCAAGUGCCAAUCUUUGUUGCUACGAGGAUGUUUCGGGUAAUAUGACGAGCAUCUAUGAGCUGGCAUUGAUCACUGAAGAUAGCGCUCAUUACAUCAAAGCUUGCCUUAACCAUGGAUGUGAUGUAAACUAUAUAAACCCGCAGCUAAACAAGGCGGCAAUUCACUAUGCUAUAGUGUCGCUAGAUAGUAUUAACUUGCAAGUAUUACUAAACCAUAAUCACAAGCUCUUCAAAGAGUUAAUUGAUUAUGACGCAUCGCUGGAGGCAAAGGAUGAUCAGGAAAAGACAGCCUUCGAAUAUGUGCUGGAAAAUGAAGAGUUAGGUCCACAGCAACGAGCGACCAUUCUACAAACGUUUAUAGAAAACCAAACGCUUAGCACUGAAAACCAUCACCUGGCAUUGAAAUUUAUAUGCGAUGCAAAAAUUGAAACAAACUAUAUGACAUUAGUACGUGCGCUAUUGGGCUUAAAUGAAAAGGAACUAUCACAUCAAUUGCAGGAUUUUCAGCGAAGGAUAAGCGAUUGGAAGCUUUACAGAAUACAGAUCGCGCUGCUGCAGACGUAUAGAAAGGAACAGCUGGAGAGCGCGCUAGAUGCGCUGCUUCUAACUGUGCCCUGGUCGCAGAAGGAAGAUUAUAUUAAAAGUGAUGGAGGCGGCCAUAUUCGCGGACUGCUGGAAAGUGGUGUGGCAAGGGAGGACAGAAUUCAGCUAUUGAACGCACUGAUUCAGCGCUCACCUCGGUGUGAGGAUCGCGAGGAAUAUGAGGGCAGCCUGGACUUGUUAUUGGGUCAUAAUUAUUGCUGCAUUGAUGAUCCCAUUGAUGAGCAGCAUAAUACUUCGCUUCAUUUGGCCGUACAGCAAGACAAUGAACUAGCCGUACGUUUGCUGUUGGAUCGGGGCGCCAGCUUGACCUGCUCCAAUAAACAAAAGCAGUUUCCCUUGGCUAACAUGCCUGUCGAUCUUCUGCAGCAGCAUUUUGAUGACUGCCUCGACUCAAGCGGCAAACACGGCACCGAGGACUUUGAGCUGACUCUGCAAUAUAAAAACUUUUGUACAGCAGACGAAUCGUCUGCAUUGGUGCCCAUACUCUAUAUGGCCAGAUGUAAGGAGCUGCAGAAGCUGCUGCAUCAUCCAUUGAUUGGUAGUCUGCUGCAAAUCAAGUGGCAGCGCCUGAGAAGCUUAUUCUAUAUACAUUUUAUCAUCUCAUUGGUAUACAGUGUCGCCCUCAUGGCCCAAGUGCUUUUGCGUUUUCCCAAUCGAAAUGAGUCCGCGCUUUUCGAUGGAUUUCUAUGGAUCUAUGGAUUUGAGCUCAUCUGCUGGGCCAUUAUGGUCUAUAAUCUGCUCAAUAUGAUCUCCUCCUAUUUUCUCAGCAGACAUCGCCCACAUUGGCUUGAGGCCGCACUUAUCUUCAUUACAUUUCUUAACUCGGACUUUCUGAAAUUCUCGCACGACUGGCAGCUGCUUCAUUGCCUGUUGGUCGCCAUCAUGCUCAUGGACACUUAA